GGACCCGGGGAGCGCGCCGCCGCCAUCUUAGUGGCUCUGCCGCCUGCAGCGGAGUGCUGCGCUCGCCGAGGGGAGGGCGCCCGCGGCCCAGCGCACGGCGGCGGCGGCUCCUCGGACCCCGGUGCCCGCCGCGGCGCGAAGCGGCCGACCCCGGGCUGCGAGAGCCCCGCUCGGCGCCCGCGCGCGCCCCUGCCGCUCCCGCCUCGGGCCGGCCGCGGCGCCGGAGCCCGAACGAUGCUGCGCCGCCCCGCGCCCGCCCUGGCCGCCUGGCUGCUGCUGGCCGGGCUGCUGGGCGGCGGCGGGGGCCGGGCCGUGCGAGUUAACAAGCACAAGCCGUGGCUUGAGCCCGCCUAUCAUGGCAUCGUCACGGAGAAUGACGACACAGUGCUCCUCGACCCUCCACUGAUCGCCCUGGAUAAAGACGCGCCUCUGCGUUUUGCAGAGAGUUUUGAGGUGACAGUCACCAAAGAAGGUGAGAUCUGUGGAUUUAAGAUUCACGGGCAGAAUGUCCCCUUUGAUGCAGUGGUAGUUGGUAAGUCCACCGGCGAGGGAGUCAUUCGCUCCAAGGAGAAGCUGGACUGUGAACUGCAGAAGGAUUACACCUUCACCAUCCAGGCCUACGACUGCGGGAAGGGACCCGAUGGUGCCAAUGCGAAAAAGUCUCAUAAGCAGAAGGUGUUUCUGGACUGUCUCCAGGAGACUGCAAGCUCUUUGAGGGCAGGAGCCAUGUCCGUUUGCUUACCCCGUCACAAGACAGCAGAAUCGACAACCAGCAUGGGUUUGGGCCCUCACUGUUGUUGUUUUCCUCUGGAAGGUUAUAUAAAAAACACAGAGAAGCUCAACUAUGGCAAAGAACAUCAGUAUAAGCUGACGGUCACCGCCUACGACUGCGGGAAGAAAAGAGCCACAGAAGAUGUUUUGGUGAAGAUCAGCAUUAAGCCCACCUGCACCCCUGGGUGGCAGGGAUGGAACAGCAGGAUCGAGUACGAGCCUGGCACGGGCGCUUUGGCCCUCUUCCCAGACGCCCACCUGGAGACGUGUGAUGAGUCCGUGGCCUCCGUGCAGGCGACGGUGGAGCUGGAGACCAGCCACAUAGGGAAAGGCUGUGACCGGGACACCUACUCCGAGAAAUCCCUUCACCGGCUCUGCGGCGCUGCGUCUGGCACUGCUGAGCUGCUCCCUUCCCCCAGCGGGCCCUGGAACUGGACCUCCGGCCUGCCCACGGACAAUGGCCACGACAGCGACCAGGUCUUCGAGUUCAACGGCACUCAGGCCGUGAGGAUCCCAGAUGGCGUUGUUUCCAUCAGCCCCAAAGAGCCUUUUACAGUUUCCGUGUGGAUGAGGCACGGGCCAUUCGGCAGGAAGAAGGAGACGAUUCUUUGCAGCUCAGACAAAACAGAUAUGAACCGGCACCAUUAUUCACUUUAUGUCCAUGGCUGCCGGCUUAUUUUCCUUCUCCGCCAGAAUCCUUCAGAAGAGAAGAAAUACAAACCUGCAGAAUUCCACUGGAAAUUGAAUCAGGUCUGCGAUGAGGAGUGGCAUCACUACGUCCUCAAUGUGGAAUUCCCAAGUGUGACUCUCUAUGUGGACGGUGUUUCUCAUGAGCCCUUCUCUGUGACUGAAGAUUACCCUCUUCAUCCAUCUAAGAUCGAAACUCAGCUCGUGGUUGGGGCUUGCUGGCAAGAGUAUUCAGGAGUUGAAAAUGACAGUGAAACUGAGCCCGUGCCUGUGGCCUCUGCAGGUGGUGACCGGCACUUGGCCCAGUUUUUCCGAGGCAAUCUGGCUGGCCUGACCAUCCGUCCCGGGAAACUCGCGGAUAAGAAGGUGAUUGACUGUCUGUAUACCUGCAAGGAGGGGCUAGACCUGCAAGUCCCCGAAGACAGUGGCAGCCGUGUGAAGAUCCAUGCCAGCCCCAGUCAGUUGGUGCUGACCUUGGAAGGAGAGGACAUCGGAGAGCUGGACAAGGCCAUGCAGCGUGUUUCCUACCUGAACUCGCGGCAGUUCCCCACACCUGGGAUCCGAAGACUUAAAAUCACCAGCACGGUCAAGUGUUUUAAUGAGGCUGCCUGCCUGUCAGUCCCCCCAGUAGGUGGCUAUGUGAUGGUUUUGCAGCCAGAGGAGCCCAAGAUCAGCCUGAGUGGCGUCCGCCACUUUGCUCGAGCGGCUUCUGAAUUUGAGAGCUCGGAAGGGGUUUUCCUCUUCCCCGAGCUUCGGAUCAUCAGCACCGUCACGAGAGAAGUGGAGCCCGAAGGGGAAGGGGACGAAGACCCCACAGUUCAAGAGUCACUUGUGUCUGAGGAGAUCGUGCACGACCUGGACACUUGCGAGGUCACGGUGGAGGGUGAGGAGCUGAACCGAGAGCAGGAGAGCCUGGAGGUGGACCUGGCUCGCCUGCAGCAGAGGGGCGUGGAGGCGAGCAGCUCCGACCUGGGCAUGAUUUUCACAGGCGUGGACUCCAUGGCCAACUACGAGGAGGCUUUGCGCCUCCUGCGCUACCGGAACUGGCACACCAGGUCCUUGCUUGACCGCAAGUUCAAGCUCAUAUGCUCCGAGCUGAAUGGCCGCUAUGUCAGCAAUGAAUUUCAGGUGGAGGUGGACGUGAUCCACACGGCCAACCCCGUGGAACACGCCAGCUACCUGGCUGCCCAGCCGCAGUUCGUGCAUCCUGAGCACCAUGCCUUCGUUGACCUCUCGGGCCACAACCUGGCCAAGCCCCACCCGUUUGCAGGCGUCCCCGGCACUGCGGCCGUCGUGGCCGUGGGCUGCGUCAGCUUCUUGGUGUUCAUGGUCGUGCUGGGAGCGUUCCGGAUCCGCGCUGCUCACCGGCGAGCCACACGGGACCAGGACUCCGGGAAGGAGAACGAGAUGGACUGGGACGACUCCGCCUUGACCAUCACUGUGAACCCUAUGGAGACAUACGAGGACCAGCCCAGCAGCGAGGAGGAGGAGGAGGAGGAGGAGGCAGGGGACAGCGAGGACGGCGAGGACGACGACGACCUCACCAGCGCCGAGUCGGAAAGCAGCGCGGAGGAGGAGGGGGCCCGCGGGGACCGGCCCGGCGCCAGCAGGCCGCAGCAGCUGGAGUGGGACGACUCCACCCUCAGCUACUGAGCGCCCGCCGCCCUGCCCGCCACUGCGGGCGCCCCCGCCGUCCCGCCGUGCCGUCCCCGAGGGUCCCUGAUGUACAAAGUCAUUCUGGCCAGUAGGUCCGCAGACCCUCCCCAUCGCUGACCAUCUGCCUGUGCUCCGUGUAGGACCGUAGCCCCCCGCCCGCCUGACCUCUCGUAAGUCACGGGAGGAGCACACACCCGCCGCCGUGGAGAAGCUGCGAGGACUGGAUGUGGGACCGACGGGUGAAGUUGCUCACUCCCACCUGCUCAUCCUUUUCUUUUUUGAUUUUUGUUUUCUAAGAGUUUUUAUUUUUUUCUGAACUAGUGCAUGUAUAAAGUGGCAGAAUGGGGUUAACAUGUAGAUGAUGAACUGACUUUUUAAUAUUUUGUACAUAAAUUGGGAUCUCUCCUGUCCUUUGUGCCGGCAUAACCGAGGGCUGGAGUGCAACGUGAAGUCAAAAACACUGAGCGCAGGAGAGACCCCGUGGGCUUCAGCCUCUGCCCCCCGCAGUCAAGGAGAAGGGGCCUGCCCCGCCCCAGCCCUGCUCGGUACAGCCCCGGCCUCUAGGUGUGUGGCCGGGGUAGGGAUUUCUCUGUGCUGCGCAGUAGUGGGUGCCGGAUCAGGGACCCCUCUUUGGAGGCUGAAAGUGGCCAGGGCUCUCCUUUGGGAUUCUUCCCAUCUCUCAUUUGCGGAGGGGUGGGGUGCCAGGGACCCUGGCCUCUCACCACACUCCUUCAGUGACCAGCAGCCCCUUGUUUGGGAAUCUGGGCUUCCCAUGCACAGCUAUGGGGUUCGUAUCUGCCGGAUGCACGUUUCCUCGCUGGUGGAGCAUAUAUUUGAUGGUGUGGAUGGCAAACUGACCACUUGGUUUGGAGACAGCGUCACACCUGAGCGGUCUGUACUUAGAAUGUCCGUUAAAAGGACACAGAGGCCUGAAGGCAGACAGCCUGUGCUAGACUCCCCCCAGCAGCCCAUGCUCGCCUCCCCAGAGCCCGGGGGUCAAACCCACCGUAGUAGCUUCGCACUGUGGGGAAGGAAAAGGAGAGGAGUGCCAUGAGCUAACCCCACAGCACUUUGUUUUUAAUUUACAUGUAAAAAUUUAGAUUUCUAAAACUGGGUUAAAAUAAUUUUGAAUACUGUUCUCUGAUCAGAACCGCUAGUUUCGAGGACACUGCCGGCUGUCCCGUGUUGUGUGUGGCUGCCCUCCCUGUACUGUCACUGUAGCUGCUCUGUGUAGACAAUGGAUAGACGCAAAUGCAGGCACCAGGCGUGCUCGCGCUGUGCCCCAUGGAAUCACCCUUCAGACAUGUAUGUCGAUAGGUCGGAAAGUGUAUACACUACAAUAAAGUUCUGGUUCUAA